AUGGGUCAGAAGAAUAGUAAGCUGAAGCCAGAGGUUUUGGAAGAUCUGCGAAGUAACACGGAGUUCACGGACGCUGAAAUACAAGAUUGGUAUAAGGGUUUCUUGAAGGAUUGCCCUAAUGGCCAUCUGAGUGUGGACGAAUUUAAAAAAAUCUACGGAAAUUUUUUCCCGUACGGAGAUGCUUCUAAAUUCGCGGAACACGUCUUCCGUACAUUCGAUGCAAACGGCGAUGGCACAAUUGACUUCAGGGAGUUUUUGUGCGCCUUAUCCGUCACCUCGCGGGGCAAGCUGGAGCAGAAGUUAAAAUGGGCUUUUUCCAUGUACGAUCUGGACGGAAAUGGAUACAUUUCUCGACAAGAGAUGCUGGAAAUCGUAACAGCAAUUUAUAAAAUGGUCGGUUCGGUCAUCAAGAUGCCUGAAGAUGAAUCUACUCCUGAGAAGCGAACCGACAAAAUAUUCCGCCAAAUGGAUAAAAACAAAGAUGGGAAGUUAUCGUUGGACGAGUUUAUAGAGGGAGCCAAAAGUGAUCCCUCCAUCGUUCGCCUCCUGCAGUGUGAUCCCCAAGCAUCAACGGAAAACUGA